GGCUGAGGGCUUGCAGUGCCUCCAUUUUGUUGCUGUAGUUAUUGUGGGGUCUUUCAGGGCGCAGUGUGAGUGCCGGUGACCCAGCAGCCCCCAUCCACCUGACUCUUCUCAUCCGGCACACAGAACAGGCCGCAGCGUCGGUUACAGGGACGGCAAGUGGUCCAGGAGUAACGAUGGCCUCUCCCUCAGCAUCUAAAGUUGUACUUAAGAGCACCACCAAGCUGUCGCUGAACGAGCGCUUUACUAACAUGCUGAAGAACAAACACCCGAUGCCAGUGAAUGUCCGCGCCACGAUGCAGCAGCAGAGCCUGGCCAGUGCCAGGAACAGAAGACUGGCGCAGCAGAUGGAGAACAGGCCGUCUGUGCAAGCCGCUCUGAAGCUCAAGCAGAGCUUAAAGCAGCGGCUCGGUAAGAGCAAUAUCCAGGCCCGGUUAGGGCGACCGAUGGGAGGGCUUCAGCGAGGGGCCGGCGGAAUGCGCGGAGCUGGGAUGGGGCUCCGGGGGUCUCAGCGGGGAGUCAUGCGCAUUGGCCGGGGAGGCAGAGGAAUGCAGCGGGGCGCCAUGGUCAUGCGAGGUCAAAACCUGCGAGGCCGAGGUGGUGCUAUCAGGAUGGGGCUGAGGAGAGGAGGCAUGCGAGGUCGUGGAGGCCCCGGCCGGGGCCUCAUGAGAGGAGGGGCGAUGGGCCGAGGAGGAAUGGGUGGACGAGGUCGCGGAGGGGUGAUGGCUCGGGGCAGAGGAGGCUUCGGCAGAGGGAGAGGCCGCGGUAGAGGAAGAGGACCUACCCGGCCCACACUGACCAGAGAGCAGCUCGACAACCAGCUGGACGCCUACAUGUCCAAGACGAAAGGUCACCUGGAUGCAGAGCUGGACGCUUACAUGGCUCAGGCCGAUCCUGAAUCCAAUGACUGAUAUCAACAGCGUUUCUGUAAGGACCUGCGUUCUCCCACGCUCGGACUGGCACCGGCUCAUCACCUCGGUUUAGAGGUCCUUUUACUUUUUGAUACUUAGGACAACUUUGUUUCUUUCGGUUUGAUAUUUUAUGAAAUGUAUGGAGGCGGCCAUCGUGUGGUUCUUGCUGCUGGAUCUCCACGCUUCUCCGUGCCCUAUGUUUUUAGUGACAUUUGGCCCAAGCCUGCAUUUUGCAGGGUGCCCCAUAAUUCUGAUGCGUCUCCAUGACUAGGACUCGGCAGCAGCGGGCAGUUUGCCGGCUGCUUGAUGUUACUGUGCAGCAUUCAUUAAACACUUUACAGUCUGAGGACACCUGACCUUGCCAAUUACUCAGUGUUUGGGGGAGGGGGUUGAAGAGCAGCGGCGGGACCCCAAGUAGUUCCGUUGUAGAUGGACUUGGCGGUAUCUGAUGGCUGAUUGUCUACACCUGCAGCUGGAUUCUAGGAUCGGUCGUCCGGAUCGGCAGGGGUCUGACUCCCAGCACCCCGG